GUGCAGGUGAGGCAGCUGCAGGAGGACGCUGUGCGCCUGCAGUCGUCCUAUGCCGGGGACAAGGCGGAGGACAUCCAGCGGCGGGAGGGGGACGUGCUGGAGGCCUGGAGGACGCUGCUGGACGCCUGUGACGGGCGCCGGCUCCGCCUCCUCGACACCGGGGACAAGUUCAGGUUCUUCAGCCUGGUCCGGGACCUGAUGCUGUGGAUGGAGGACGUGAUCCGGCUCAUCGAGACCCAGGAGAACCCCAGAGACGUGUCCUCAGUGGAGCUGCUGAUGAACAACCACCAGGGCAUCAAGGCCGAGAUCGACGCCCGGAACGACAGCUUCACGUCCUGCAUCGAGCUGGGGAAGGCCCUGCUGGCCCGGAAGCACUACGCCUCCCCCGAGAUUAAGGAGAAGCUGCUGCAGCUGACGGACAAGAGGAAGGACAUGAUCGACAAGUGGGAGGACCGCUGGGAGUGGCUGCGACUCAGUCUGCCGGUCUACGGGGGUCAUCCUCCUCUAACAGGUCUGCCGGUCUAUGGGGGUCAUCCUCCUCUAACAGGUCUGCCGGUCUAUGGGGGUCAUCCUCCUCUAACAGGUCUGCCGGUCUACGGGGGUCAUCCUCCUCUAACAG